UACCCCCCCCCCCCCCCGAAAAAAAACCCCCAACUAAACUGAAAAUACCCAAAAUGUUGAAAGUAUUCCCAUUUACACUCCCGUUGUCAUGACAACAACAAGAAGCUAUGGGCAUCCUAAGGCUGGUAGCCAGAAUCAUGGGUAGGAUCAGUACUUUCAGGUCCUAUCAGUUCGUGCUUCUGUUGGCUGCGGCACUUGCUGUUGUAGCUUUUUACUACUUCGGCUCAGAGAGGCAGAACUUCUCCAGUACCACCAAGAGGAUCAAGCAGACCCAGGCCACCCACAACGGCAACAGAAAUGACGCCGACCUGACUGUGGACACCAGGCUUUCCCACCCGGCUGGAGUGGAAGAGCGAAGCGAGGAAGACCGAGAUGUAGGAGGAGGGAGUGAGGGGUCGAGGUCCAGGAAAAGGGACCGCGCGGACGCUGGGGACCAACGCUACCACGCACUCAUGAUGUUCACCAAGGUGGACAAGAGCAGGAGCCUGCAGGACAAGUUCCGCGUGGCUAUGUUGUCCAUGGUUAAGUAUGGACAUUUCUUUGAAGGAGAGGUGCUGGUCCUUCACUUUGUGUGCGACCAGACCAGCAGAGAACUGGGAGAGAGGAUGCUGGAGGAGUUCCUCCUCGACGCAACGUUCAAGUAUGAGGUGUUGUUUCAUGACGUGGUGGCUCUCACUCAGAAGCUCUUCCCCAUCGUGGAGGCCAUGCAGAAGCACUUCAGCGCUGGCUCCGGGGCUUACUACAGCGACGCCAUCUUCUUCCUGUCGGUUGCCAUGCAUCACAUCAUGCCUGAAAGUCUGACACGAAUAGUGCAGCUUGACCUGGACCUGAAAUACAAGACGAACAUCAGAGACCUUUUCCAAGAAUUUGAGCAGUUUCCUCCAGGAGCGGUUAUAGGUAUUGCCAGAGAGAUGCAGCCAGUUUACAGACACACCUUCUGGCAGUAUCGCAAGGAGAACCCUCAAACCAGAGUAGGUGGUCCGCCCCCCGAAGGCCUCCCGGGCUUCAACAGCGGCGUGAUGUUAUUGGACCUCGGUGCUAUGAGGGACUCGGCGCUCUACAACCAGUUGUUGGAGCCGGGCAACGUGGCCAAACUAGCAGACCAGUAUCGCUUCAGGGGCCACCUGGGGGACCAGGACUUCUUCACCAUGAUCGGCAUGGAGCACCCGGAACUCUUUCAUUCACUGGCCUGCGGGUGGAACCGGCAGCUGUGCACGUGGUGGCGGGACCACGGCUACGGAGACGUUUUUCAGAUGUAUUAUCGCUGUGAAGGACUUGUCUAUAUCUACCACGGCAACUGUAACUCUCCUAUUCCAGAUGAUUGAUGCCCGAACAGCAAAGGAGGCUAUGACGUAAUCAAUGUAGAUAAUGGAAAAUUCUUCUUUUUUUUCUGCUUUUUUGGAGACUGUUUAUUUUCUUGACCACUGUAAUGGCAGUGUAGCCACAGACUCGGCCCCCUGCUGGCCAUGGGGAAAGCGAGGAGCUGCAAUAGUUGGCACACUUCCUCAAGAAACAGAAGAUGAAAUAUAAUUAACGAAGAUUGGAAAUACGCUGUUCACUUUACAAGUGAGCUUCCAGUUCCUUGCCUGGAUGUGAUUGGCCGACACAGCCCCUUUUUUAUAAAGCCUUUUGGGCGCUAAGGCACAUCACACCACCACAGUGCAUACAAAGGAGGGCUCUGGAGUUAAGGGUUAAAAAUUAUGGUUUUUGUUUGUGCUCCAAUGUUUGCAGUUUAGCUGAGGCUAUACUUCACAAAUAGCGGUGAUCUGGACACUAACCCACUUCUGAGUUUUCCUGCUGUGCUCACUGAACCCCCCCCCCCCACUCGGUUUCAAAGCAAUGCCAACACUCAAUGUUCAUCAGUGAGGACGCACACGUGUAGACUAAGUGAGAGUGAAGCUCUGGAGGCCUUCCCUUCACCGCGAGUGGGGUCAAAGACCUCCUACCGAAAACCCUUGAGGAAUAAACAUUACAAAUCAAUAUGAUUCCUGUUAAUUCACCUUGAAACUGGUCAAUGUUUUUUCAGGCUCUUUCAGAGCAAAAUUCUUAAAUCUUUAUAGCUGUAAAACACAUAGGAUUUUUAUACCGUAGUACAUAUUGAAAAAAAACUUGCACUUUAAAACUUCCAAACACAAUCUUUAUCUUCAAGGGUUGUGUUGACGAGACUGGUAGAUUUAUUGAAUUAAAUAGAUUUUUUUUAGACCUCUCCAGAUGUAUGUAGCUUCAAAUGAUUUCACACUCUAGCAAUUGUUCAUCAAAGGAUACUUGUUUGCAGAAGAACGUUGUAUUUGAACUAUGUUGAUAUUGAUAUAUUGUUUAAAAAUGCAAUUUGAUGAAUUUCCCAAAAACCUUUACCAUUGAUUGACCGUUUAGUUUAAGUAACUGAAACCACGUGAAAAAGAAUAACUAAAACUAAACAUGUAUAUUUAUAUAUUGCUGAAUAGUACAUUAUAGGCAGCUCAUUCUUUAGAAAAUAUAUAUAUACAGUAUAUUUUUAUCUUCACUGUAGAUAACUAUGAUCUUCUGUGAUCCAAUUAAAAUACCUUCUGGGAUAUGCCAGCAAUGAAUAAUUUACUGACUGGCACUUAUCUCCAUUGCUCCGGCUGGCGCAUGGGACAGCAACAGAGUACCUUUAGUUCCGUCAUUUUGGGAUAGUCACCCUUAUCCAGCAAUUAAUAAUUAUUACCAAUUAAACAAUUCCUUUAUAAGUAUCAAAUUAUGUACAGCAUAUGUAGUUUUUUCCAGAAACCUCUUUGGAAUGAAAAGGGAAAUUUUAACAGCUGAAGCUGAAAUGCAUUAAUAAUAAAAGGUAUUUUGUUUGUUUGCAUUGAAAUCAGUUUGCCCCUUUUGAAAAUAUCCUCUUGGUUAUACAACAGACACAAUAAUACAGACAGUUGAUGAGGAAUAAGGAGAUUCAAGCAUUUCUACCUUUUUAUUGUGCCUCAGGAUUUUCAUGAGCCAUUGAAACGCUCCAACUUGUGCAGGUUUGUGAGGAUAUUUAACAACGUUAGCUACAUGCGAACAAGACACAAAGUUUGAACUCUUCAUCCAGCAUUGCAAAAACCCACCUUCAACAUUAACAACAUGGUGUUUGUUACACUAAGUUCCACUGCCUGGUCCCCAGGAACAGUUUCUAUACUGCUUAAUUUCUAUUAGUAGGGCUUGGCAUGAUAGUCAUGGGCUAAGUAGCUUUGCAGUGUACCGUGCUUUCUAAAAAUCCUUAUGCCUUGAUUCAUCGCCAAACACUUUGAAAUGUACCUUCGGGCGAGCAGCAGAAACAGCAGGCUGCUUUAGAUUUGAUGGAGCAGCAGCAUUGAUGUCUUUUCCAAGAACCACAAACGGCUCGAUAUGGAGCUCAGUGAGACUCCUACAGAUUGUCAGUUGAGUGAAGACAAAUGCUCGGCACAAUCUAUUGCUGCUCUAACGGCUAAUCAUACAUGACUCACUAAGUCAGGGACACGUUCAAAGCCAACAGAAGCACAGCAUGGUGAUACUCCUGUGCAAAGAGAACUGCAAGUGUAGGAGCACGCUUUCUGCACAUGGCAACAAGUCAAAAAUUGACCGACCUGGUUUUUGUCUGGGAACUACUUCCAUUUGUUUCCGACAGUGUUGCUUUGAACCAACCGGAACGCUGGACUUUUCUACUUUGGCACGGCUAGCAGACGGCACGGACACAUUUACUAUCUAUCUUCUGAGCUUGAAUUGUAGCCAUGUUGCAUUAGCAAGGAUGUUUUUUGGGGACAAGACAAAAACAAAAAAUUAUUUAAAAUUACUAAGGUUUAAAAUGUUUAUUGUAAAAUAUUUCCCCCUUUGUUUCCAAUUCAGAAUAACACCACUGAAAUUGCUAUAUUUGAAGAUCUGAAUACUAAUAUAGCAGCAAACAACUAUUUGCUAUGUAAAGCUAUGGGGAGUAAUGGCGUCCUGAGCAGAGACUGAAGCCCCAGUCCCUCCGUGCGUCCGAGCUUCUCUUUGCUCUGUUUGUGUAGCUGGUCCAUCCGUGCGCACGUGCGUUUUAGUGCAUGUGAUCCUCUCUGUUGUACCCCGCAGGCUAGCUAAUGGCCGCCCUGCACUGCUCAAAGGCACCUUGGCAUCGUCCUAGAAGCGGGUAAACUAUUGUUGUUAGGUGCUCUUUUGAUGCUGUCAGCAUCGUUUGCUCCUUGCUGCUAGCCUCGCUGCUGCCGUGCCAAAACACUGUAUUGCCUUCACUGUUUGUAACUUUCGAAAGGAAAGGCAUUUGCAUGGCGUGAACUCCAGAUGAUUUGUGUGAUAAUGUGUGAGUAGCUUGAAUUCUGACCGUAUACAUCCAGGUACAGGCGGCUUACGAAUCAUUUUGUGAAAGUAAGUGUGUGUGUUGUUGACACAGUUGUUCACAGGACAAAAUGUAGUUCAGUAUCUUCCUAACUUCCCUCAGAAAGAGACUUCGUAGUGUCUCUUUAAGUCUCUCUCUCUCUCUCCCGUGUUUGUCUCUCACCACCACUUACUCCCUGGGGCGGUCUGUUAAAAAAAAAAAAAAGCCGAACAAUGAGCGACCUUCUUGCUUUAUUAAGCUGUGGUCUGAUUCCCCGGUGCUGUGUGCCAUUUCUCACAACACUAUUUCACCAAUGCCUCUGACUCACCUUGACAAUGUGAACAGAGUGUUUCCCAUUGAUUGCCCAAACUCUGCGGACCUGCCAAAGUCUUUGUCUCACCACAGAUCUAUAAACCAAAUUGUUUAAUUGUUUUUUUGUUGGUUUGGUCCUUUCCGCGAUUGUAGCCACUUACUCGUAUAGCCGUGAUGCAAACCCAGGCAUUAUCAGCACCAUAUGAGCACGUUGCAGAGCGCCGACGGUUAGUGGGACACACACACUGGGACUCACGUGCACUAACAAAGCUUUAAUAUUAAAACAAACACAGAGAAGCUCACAGUACAACACGCGGAGAGGGAGUUUUACGUCAUUCUGUGCUUAGGGAAUUAUCCAGAAUAUCUUCACAAAGCACCAAGUUGUUUGCUGUUAUAUUACUGCUCUGAUUAUUUUUUAUUGAGAACAGCUGAGAACAGAAGAGGUAAAGGUGAAUUUACCUAAUGCAGAUGUGCAGAUCACAUUGCCAUAAAUGGAGAUCUUCUACUGGCUGCGUUGAUGAUGCUCCUAUUUUGCACCCAAACCUGUUGAUGCAUAAAAGUCAAAAAUUAACACUCACAAACACCGUCACCAUCUGUGUUCCUCAGGGAUUGCUUUAUUUUCCACUUCUUAGUGUCACAACAGCUGUCACUGAUAAACAAGAGGGAAGAUUAUAAUGACAGCAGAGCGUCUUAUCAGCCAAAAUUAAAUGGGUGGAAAUUUUGGCCAUUGAGCGUCAACAUAGUUUCUGCUGCUCAUUAGUUUAAAUAAACAUCAGGUCUCAAUUGUCCCUGUGACAGAUUUGAUGCUUUUAUCCAAGCUGACAUUCACUGCUGUCGAUAACAUGAUAACCUGAAAUCUCUGGAUGAACAAUAUUACCAAGAACCACUUAACUACACACCAUCGUUGAGAUCUCAGGGGCCAUGUGCAAAUAGUUUUGCAGAUUUUCUAAAAUGAUUUAAAAAAUAUAUAAUUUUUCUACCUGAGCAGCUAACUAAUGAAAUAGAGAUCGAAAUUGCAAUUUUAGAGUUUAAUGAUAAGAGUUUAAUCUCGUUUCUACAUCCUGCACUUACAGGGCUGUAAGUACACAUUGUACACAGGUUGGGUGACGACCUGUACUAUGGAAUAAGUUUAAGUACAUUAUGAUCUAAGCCUUUCUCAGACUAGUUGAAAGUAUAAAUAAGGUUUGCAAAUAUUGAACACAGCUACUGUGAAAUAAUUCUCCAUUUAAAGUACAACAAUGGUAAGUCCAACAACGCUUGAGACAUGGGAGCCCAUUUCAAUCAUAUGUUUGUUGGUUCAGAUCUUAAUCAUGUCCAAAACACCAGAUCAACUAUGCAAGAUCAGGUGGGCGAAGGAGAUGGAUUUGGGAGUUGCGUCAAGCACCACAGGGAAUACACAAUGAGCAGACAGUGAGAUAUAUGAGCAGACGGUCUCAAGGGCUACACCAAGACAUAUCACAGCCAUUUGUUCACAAAAUAUGAAAUCACAAAACCUUCCUGGAGGAUGCAAACUGUGAAAAACUGGCCGGGAGACUGACCCACAUAAUAUAUGGCUCUUUUUUAGCAGAAUUGAGGUCUGUGUAUUGCCCUACUUCCUACGUUUAAUCUUGUAUUCUGCUGCAGAUGGUGAAAUCUGAAGUGGUAAUCUCAUCAUAAGACAAGAUGGGUGAAGUCCAAUGUUAUGUCUACUGUGUAUAAAAACGUAUUUCUCAACAAAAGGAUUUGCGCAUCACUGGUAGAGAACAACGUUAUCUCUCAAUCAACUUGUCCAAUAUAGUCGGAGGAAGCCAUAGCAAUAUUCUACUGUUGCUCAACUCUCUUGCUCUCUUAGGUACUCUACUCUCUUACGCCAUAGAGAAAGUAAUUGAGCAGAAAACGAAUCUCCCGGUGGGUUAAGUGGAGAUUGAUCAAGUAAAAUUUAUAUCAUUCCACUCAAACUGGGCCCUCUCUUGUUAAGUCAAUAUGUUUUAUUUUAAGACCCUAUACAGACUUAAAGCAUCAAUUAAGAUAACUUAUUUGGUCCUGAGUUAUGUUAAAAGACAUGACCCAGAUGAGGGACAUCACGGUUUAAAUGGCUUUUAUCUAAAAGUGCAUGAGACGCUCCAUUAGUCAGUAGAACAAAUCCAGUUAGUUCCCUUUGAAAAAGUGAGAGGGUUUUUUAUUCCCAAGUGUGCACUGUGAAGUGGCACAUGGGUGAUGCUCUAUGAUGUUAGUUUAGCUUCUAAAUGCUUUAUUGUCUGACUUGACAUACCCUGAAUUUUGAAAUUCUUGUAUGAAAUCGGAUGCUUAUCAAAAACACGUGCAUCGCUUUUUGUAAGAUUAAAAGAUUGCAUUUACGAAGAAGAGAUGGCCAACAGGUGUGUGUGUGUGUGUGUGUGUUUCGCUGUAAAGCUAAAGGUCAGCUGUGCUUAUAAAACAACUUGGGCUUGACUGUAUGUAAACCUUUUACCAGCAGGCUUACGCUGUCUGUACUGAAUAUUGGCCUAUUUAGUCGCCCUUACGUCAGGACACAAACAGCAGACCACAUAAGUAGGUUAGUGUGUUACUGAAGAUGGAACAGGCUAGCAGUAGAGAUGCUCUAGUGGUGAUUAACGGCUAUUCAGGCAACAACGCUGCAUAUAUUACCAGCGUGACACACUUCCUAUCAUGAUGCAAGUACAGAGCUCACGGCUGGAACAACUUCAUCACAGAUCAUCAUUUAAUCAAUUCAGAAUCUGUAUUUUCUCCAGCGUUAGAAAUCCUGCAGCAUGGCCUGAACAGCAGUAAUGGUGCGUGAGAACAGGAGACAGCUUUUUUGAUCGGCCUUUAUCGAGAUUAUCAAUCAAACUAAAUUACUUGGAAUGAAUAUCAACUGAUAACAAGGAGUUUUUGGAGUAUCAGUGACCUGAUCAAAUGUGGCAAUACACCUUUGGCAAAGCCAGUGGAAAACAACAGUUAAUGGCGCUAUAAAAAGCGAUAUGAACUCAAACUGACAUUGAUAGUCUCCAUACACCUUAAAAAAUACUAAUUUCUCCGGAGCUGUAGCUUUUAAAUGAAUGCUAAUAUUGUAUGCUAAUAAUAAUAUCAGCAUUCUAAGUGACUAAAAUCCUAAAGGAAAAUCUGUUACAUUUGCAUGUCGCCACACAUUGAGCAUAUUCAUCUGCCACAGCUAAGAAAGAUAUUAUAUUAUAGAAUUGCCUUUCACCUCCAAAUGCAGCUCAGCCAAUUCAAUCUCACUAAGAUCGUCGUCAGACCAUGUAGAGCUGAGUCUGACUUUAUGAUUGCCCUUUUCCCCAGCCAGCAACUUCAUUUUCUUGUAUGAAAAUGGAGCAUAACUAUAUAAAAUGCAUUCUUGCAAUAACACAUUGAAUAUCAAUCAAUCCAAUAAUCAGUGUUCAAUUCCUGAACAAGAUCCUUGGCACAAACACUCAGAAUUACCAUAGCAACGAACGCACUGUAACUGUAACUGAAGCCCAGUCUGUAUUGUUGUGAGCGUCAUUAUAAGCCACCACCAAAUGAUUGCUCGCCCUGCGGGCGGUCUGUGUGUCCGCGGCUUUUCACUCGGCCCAGAUGGACAGCGUCCACACCCCGCGUCUCUGCCAAAAGCAAUGGUGGAGAUGACUCACUGGCAUUUGUGUCAAAUUCAAUAGUCAAAGCCAUUUUAGUUUGUGCGCACGCUGUUCUCAGACUGACAUCACUGACAGGGAGGCAUCAUAACCACACCGGACGCCAACAUGGGAAAUAUCGGUGAUAAUUGACAGGUUGACGGGUUGGCCCCUUUAUGAUGCCGACUGACUCUGCACAAAUUGAUGCCUAUUAAGGGAGUGUUUGUUUGUUACUAGAAUAUCUCAGCAGUUUUCUUCCUACCAAAAUUACAUUUCUCUAUUCAAUUAUUAUCUUGAUACAGGACACACAAAUAAUUGGACAAACUGCAUGUAUCAAACGCUGCGUACAAAAUAACACAGACACUUUGCAUGGCAACCCUUUUAGCGCUUUCUUAUUGUCAUGGUGUUACCUGUCCGAGAAAUUAACGUCAUCUGUGAUCAGUUAACUAUGACCCCCCAGCCUCCCACACUGUGACCAUCUCGUACGAUGCUAGUUCUGCUUUGCAUACUGUGUGCUCAAAGAGAAACACAGAGAAGACGACAGCUGAUGGAAUUCCUGCAUAGAACCCGGAGAUCUGGAGAGCAUCAUGAACACCCUGUGCACAAAAAACUAAUGCAUGUUAUCUCUGACUCCUUAGGCCUGUAUACAGAUGUAGGAUGUUGAAUCUCUUGAAAUGAGUUACAGGCGAGAAUAGCCAAUGUUGAAUAUAGCUGUUUUUUACUAUGUUAGUAGUACAGUUUACCGACCCCCCAGAAAACGCUAUAUUUGUAAGUGGUAGUUGGGAUUUUGGUAUUUCCAAGCUGACUCACAUAUUCCUGGACCACGCCGGCGCACUAGAACAUAUCGCAGUGUUGUUGUAGCAAACCUGUGAGUAAACUUGUGAGUUGUCAUAGUUCUGAUUUCUGGCAAAUGUAGUCAAGUAUUUAUUUCUUUAGCUCAGUUUUAAUCUUCACAAACUUCUGAGGGAAAUGCUCUUUAUCUGUUAAUACUCUACUACUGUAUGUCCACAAUCUAAAUUCCCCCACUGUGUCCAGGUGCCGUUUAGUGUGGGGCAGAUCGUGUAAAAUAGAUUUUAUCAGCGCUUUUGGGCUUAAACCAGCACCCUGCCGCUGAAAUGAGAGUGAUCAGAGUGGAGUUCGCAGAACAGUAACGGACACAACGCUGUGUCGUUUGUUAGUACCAGUCACAUCUUCCACAAAGCAUGCAGCUUUCUCAAUGAUUUUUCUCUCUCUUUUUACAUGUUAUUUAGUUGACGCUUUUUAUCCAAAGCGACUUACAUUGCAUUAUAACCCAUGCAUUACAUUUUUGCCUGGGGAGCAAUUAGGGGUUAGGUGUCUUGCUCAGGGACACUUCGACAUGGCACAGCCAGGAUUCGAACCACCAACCUUGCGGCGCCCAGCGCACUGCACUGCUCCGCGCGCCACCGUCGCCUCUUUUCUUUUCUCUUAUGUGACUUGUCACGUUAUUAAUGAGAAAGGAAUUGUGUUUUCCUGACUGAUUCAGCCACAGAAAUGUAGGUCAUGUCACGCAGGGGUUUGUUAAUAUUUUUUACAUUGAUGCUGUGAAUGACGCUGAAAGUAAAAAGAGGAAGAAAAGGGGGGCAAGAAGGAGGCGGAUGUGUGCAGUCGAGCACCUGAGUGAUUAGAAUCUAUUGUGUUCUGGCUGAAGAUGAGCAAACAGAUGCAAACAGAAUCAUGUCUUUGUCUUUGUAACAUUCACAUCUACACAAAUGCACAAAAUAAAAAAAUGAAGAAUGGACCCAUUA